AUGAUUGUAAGUGGUAAAAACAGAUGAAGAAACACAAAAUAUGUUAAUUUUUAGGUUGCAAGAGAAGUACCGUUAAAUGAAUUGGUAAGAAGACUUGCUGCUUGGGAGAAAAGUUUGGCGCAAAUACGGAAAGAUUUAAAAAUGCGCAAAGAAAUAUGGGAUGCGGCUAUGGAAGAUGUAGAAGAACUCGAAAAAAUGGCAUUAGAUGCAAAAGAGGAGCGCCGUAAAAAGAAGCAAGAAAGAAGAGAUGAAAAAAUACGAAAGAAGUUGCAAAAACAACAAGAAGCAAUUGCAAAAAGAAAUCUCGCAUCGAAAAAUGCUGAAAAAACUGCUGAAAAGAAAGAAGGCGAGAAAAAAGAUGCUGAAAAGAAAGAUGGUGACAAUAAAGAAGGCGAGAAGAAAGACGGAGAAAAAAAUAGUGAGACUAAAUUUGUUGAAAAGGAAACUCAGAAAGAUCCGAAGCCUGAAAAAUCUGACAAAUCUUCUACUGAUGAUAAAUAA